AUUUAAUGCCAAACAUUAUUGAUCUUCUUGCCACAAACUUUUUGACUGUUCUCCAUUCCUCUCUCUCUCUCUCAUGGACUCCCUAUAAUUGUAGUUACUUCCCCUUUCCCAGGAAAGAAAAAAAUCAGAUGAUGGAUAUUGAUCAUCAACUAGUGCUUUCCUUUCAAUCAGCUAAGAAGGUAGUACUGGUGGUCUCCCAAGAUGUUUGACUGGUGAAACUGUUGAUGAGGCUCGGACAAAAGUCUCCAGACUGAUCAGCAGCAAGAUCUCAGUAAGAAACCACAGUUUCGUUCCACUUUCUCUGCAAAGUUAAUCAUUUUAUCCUCACCUGACUUGUCCUCGUCCACCUUCUUCCCGAUUCGCGUUUGUCCCCAUUUUUUUACUCAAGAAAAUGCAGCUCCCAUGCUAAAUUAAGUAGUAGCAGUACUUGUAUCAUCUAUUGCUUGUUCAACAUUCUACUUUUCCAACCCCACUUUCACCUAAAAAGACUUCUCUCUUACUCACAUCUAUCUCACUUGUGCACACAAGCCCACACAUUAUUAUUAUUUCUGAUAAUCAACCUAAGAGGAAAAACAAGUAAUCAACCUAAAAGGAAAAACAAAAACAGGAAACCAAGUACUAGCUUGCAGUCCAAAACCCUAAACCAGAAAAGGAAAAAAAAAAAGUUACCAGAUCCUGCAGCAACAUUGCUUCGAUGGAUUUUAUCACUACACCAGUGCCAGGCAUUCCAAUUUCUGGAAACAUCAAGUGUGGUAGCACCAACAGCCAGCUGAUUUCAAACUGCUUGACAAUGUCACCCGGGUCAGCUCCUGCUCCUGCUCCUCUGCCUCCUCUGAGCCGUUACGAAAAUCAGAAGCGCCGGGACUGGAACACAUUUUGCCAAUACUUAAGAAACCACAGGCCUCCACUGGCGGUUCCACUGUGCAGCAGUUCUCAUGUUCUUGAAUUUCUUCGGUACCUGGACCAGUUCGGCAAGACUAAAGUGCACAACCAAGCUUGCCCUUUUUUUGGCAUCCCAAAUCCUCCUGCACCCUGCCCUUGCCCUCUCAGGCAAGCCUGGGGAAGCCUGGAUGCCCUCAUUGGCCGCCUUCGAGCUGCUUAUGAAGAACAUGGCGGUCUUCCCGAAGCAAACCCUUUUGGUGCUAGAGCUGUCAGGCUUUUCCUGAGGGAUGUUCGUGAUUUUCAGUCCAAGUCUAGAGGGAUCAGUUAUGAGAAGAAGAGAAAAAGAGCAAAGCAGCAGGUAGCUAUCAAAUCUCCUGCGGGUGUAACUCUGCCUUGUGGAGAAACAAAUGCUAUGAUUUAGUACUACUGGUUAUUUGCUUGACUUUGGGAGCAUUAAUUACUCGUCAGUAGUAGUAUAAAAGAAACUUUUAAUUUGGAAAAUGAGCACACAGAUUGAUAUACCAUGAAUCUUUGUCAUAGUGUGUAUUUGCUGCUUUAGUUAUAAGCUUAUAGUAGCUGAAUAAUCAGGUUUCCUUUUUUAUUUUUUCCUCUCUGUUGUGUAUAUUGAGCUUUCAAGAAUUAUGAAAAGCGAUAUUUCUGCUAUAA